CAGUUCCGCGUCAGGCUGCGAGCACUUCAGACCUUUAGAGAAGCAGCACUUAAAUACAUACGAAAAUGGAAUCGAAGCAUGGUUAUCCCGACGCUCCUCCUAUGUACGGCGAAUUAUGUGGCAAUCCAAUUCCAGCGCCUGUUGCCUCUAGUACUUCAAUACCAAAUGCUCUGGGCAACGGACCCUGUAUGGCCACCUGCCCCACGUGCCACAGUUGUCAGCUAACCACGGUCUCAUACGAGCCCAAUUCCAAGACGCAUUUGGUGGCGCUGCUCCUGUGUUUGCUGGGCUGCUUCUUGUGCUGCUGUAUACCCUACUGUGCACAGUCCUGCCAGACAGCCGUGCACAAAUGCGGUCGUUGUGGUGCCUACGUCGGCUCCUAUCAGAAUUGAGAUCGAUUUCAUCACAAGCUAACAAUAUAUAUAUAUACACUGUAUACACAGAUAUUCAUAUACUAUAUGCAUAUAUAAGUUUGCAGAGCAAAGCACGACGUUUUUUUAUCAAGCACGAAACCAAUUUUCGCCGCCCUCAGGAAGAUCGAUAAUUAACUUUACCCAAAUUUGAUUUAUGUAGCUGAAUAUAUGAAUGAUGUUUGACUGUGUGGAACCAAGAUUUAAAAAUAGAUUUUAAUACUAUUAUUGCUACUUAUAAUAUGCCUGGGAAUCGAGCCCGGAUUCUCAAUUAGUACAGAAAUACAUUUUUAUCAAGUAUAAUAAACAAAUGAA